GCAUUUUAGCUCUAAUAGUUUUAAAUGAUUUGUCAUUUGCUUGUAUAGCUUUCAUCUGUCAAAUUGUUUUAUAAUUCAGUCAACAAACAUUCAUUUAGAAAAUAUUUGAGUGCCUAUUUUAGACUAGACUAUAGGUGCCGAGGCUACAGCUGUGAAUAAAACAAAGUUCUUGUCGUUAUGUAUGUCUGUCUGAGAGUGGUAGGAGACAGUUGAUCAGUAAGUGAAUGUAAAAUGUAAAAUAACAUGGUAAGUCUCAACUACCAGUGAUGUCACUAGGGAGAUGACACAAAAAGUUAAGUAAUAGUGAGAAUCCCCAAUGAGUAGCUUUAAUUUGUAUGUGGGAGGGAGACAAUGUUGUAGUGCUUAUUAAGUGUUUCAGAACUAAGAUAGGGUUUUAUAGGGGAGUAGUUAUCCAACAGAGAAAAGCAACGUGUAUUAUUAGUCACUUAUACUGUGUUCUACAGGUUAUAUUUGUAGAUGAGGCCAAGGGAUAUGUUUGUUUGGGAUUUUUAGAAGCUGGCUUUAUUCUUAGAACUAUUCUUGUGCAUAGGUAGUAGCUAGGAAUUUGGAAAAUGGCCUCAAUAAAAACUAGCAACAGCCUGUGUCUUGUUUACUGUAUUUUUACCAGUGUAAAAUUUGGAGGUAAUAUAUUUAUAUAGAAUUAAGGGAAUCUUAAAGUUCUAAAUGAUUAAAGAAAGGCUAGAUAAGUUUCUUUCACUCUGUCUUUCAUUAAUUUCCUUUUUCAUUUGUUUUGUUGGUUCUAUGUUUUCUUCUUGUUUUGUGCAGAUGUUCCAUUGGGACUGUUUACCAGAUUGCUUUCUAAAUUAGCCAGCUGGGGUUACUUUAAAAAACAUGCUCCAUGUGCAUCCCUCUUGAAGCUUCGCACUCUGUUGAAGAGGACACUCAUCCCAGUCACUAUUUAGAAGCAAGGUCUUUGAAUGAGCGAGAUUAUCGGGACCGGAGAUACGUUGAUGAAUACAGGAAUGACUACUGUGAAGGAUAUGUUCCUAGACAUUAUCACAGAGACAUUGAAUGCAGUUAUCGAAUCCACUGCAGUAAGUCUUCAGUCCGCAGCAGGAGAAGCAGUCCUAAAAGGAAGCGCAAUAGACACUGUUCAAGUCAUCAGUCACGUUCGAAGAGCCACCGAAGGAAAAGAUCCAGGAGUAUAGAGGAUGAUGAGGAGGGUCACCUGAUCUGUCAAAGUGGAGACGUUCUAAGAGCAAGAUAUGAAAUCGUGGACACUUUGGGUGAAGGAGCCUUUGGCAAAGUUGUAGAGUGCAUUGAUCAUGGCAUGGAUGGCAUGCAUGUAGCAGUGAAAAUCGUAAAAAAUGUAGGCCGUUACCGUGAAGCAGCUCGUUCAGAAAUCCAAGUAUUAGAGCACUUAAAUAGCACUGAUCCCAAUAGUGUCUUCCGAUGUGUCCAGAUGCUAGAAUGGUUUGAUCAUCAUGGUCAUGUUUGUAUUGUGUUUGAACUGCUGGGACUUAGUACUUAUGAUUUUAUUAAAGAAAACAGCUUUCUGCCAUUUCAAAUUGACCACAUCAGGCAGAUGGCAUAUCAGAUCUGCCAGUCAAUAAAUUUUUUACAUCAUAAUAAAUUAACCCAUACAGAUCUGAAGCCUGAAAAUAUUUUAUUUGUGAAGUCUGACUAUGUAGUCAAAUAUAAUUCUAAAAUGAAACGUGAUGAACGCACACUGAAAAACACAGAUAUCAAAGUUGUUGACUUUGGAAGUGCAACAUAUGAUGAUGAACAUCACAGUACUUUGGUAUCUACCCGACACUACAGAGCUCCUGAGGUCAUUUUGGCUUUAGGUUGGUCUCAGCCUUGUGAUGUUUGGAGCAUAGGUUGCAUUCUUAUUGAAUAUUACCUUGGUUUCACAGUCUUUCAGACUCAUGAUAGUAAAGAGCACCUGGCAAUGAUGGAACGAAUAUUAGGACCCAUACCACAACACAUGAUUCAGAAAACAAGAAAACGCAAGUAUUUUCACCAUAACCAGCUAGAUUGGGAUGAACACAGUUCUGCUGGUAGAUAUGUUAGGAGACGCUGUAAACCAUUAAAGGAAUUUAUGCUUUGUCAUGAUGAAGAACAUGAGAAACUGUUUGACCUGGUUCGAAGAAUGUUAGAAUAUGAUCCAACUAAACGAAUUACCUUGGAUGAAGCAUUGCAGCAUCCUUUCUUUGACUUACUAAAAAAGAAAUAAAAUGGGAAUCAGUGGUCUUACUAUAUACUUCUCUAGAAGAGAUUACUUAAGACUGUGUCAGUCAACUAAACAUUCUAAUAUUUUUGUAAACAUUAAAUUAUUUUGUACAGUUAAGUGUAAAUACUGUAUGUUUUGUAUCAAUAGCAUAAUUGUUAAGCGAGUAUGGUCUUGAUAAUGCAAUAGAAAAGUUAAAGUUAAUUUUUGUUUUUGAGAAUAAUUACCAUUUUUAAAGACCAUUGAAAUAUCCUUUGUGACCAGUGAUAAAUGUGAUUGAUCUUGCCUUUUGUACAUGGAGGUCACCUCUGAAGUGAUUUUUUUUUUGAGUAAAAGGAAAUCUUGACUACUUUAUAUUCUUAAAGGAAUAUUCUUUAUAUACCUCAAAUGUAGAAGUUAACUUUAAACUUUUUUUUCUGUAAUUGUUGAACGGGUAAUUAUUAACUCUAGAUAAGCAGGUACUAGAAACCAAAACUCUUAGAAAAUGUUUACUGUUAGAAUUCUAUUAAAUUGUGAGUGUUGUGUUCUUUUUCAUUGGGUGAUAGCAGGGUGAUAAGUAGACAUUCAUGGAAGGGCAUCCAGUUUGUCCAUUGUGACAGUUUGUUUAAUAAAACCACAUACACACUUGAUUUAAGAUUAAAAUCUAACUGGAAAGUCAGCUUGGAAAAUGGAUAUUUCCAGGUCUGUUUGGUGAGUCACAGGCAUAAAAAUAGAAAUUCUGAUGAUUUAGGUUUCAGUUUUUAAUACCAAGUCCUGAGGAAUCUUAAUAUUGUCCAGUAUCUGUUUAUCAAAUGACAUAAUAUGUAAACCUAUAAAAAUUAAGGAUAUUAUUAGGCAAUUUAUGUUUGUGAUAAUUCUCACUGGAGAAAGGAUUUGAUUGGAAAGGAUUUUGAGAAGUACUACUGAAAUUCCCGGAACUUAUUUGAUUGGUUAAUAUAAACUUUUUGACUAUA